AUGGAUUCGUCCUUGGGAUGUACCCACGGUGGGCAAACUAAGAAUCUGAGUCGAACCCUAAAUGGAUCGUACCUGAUGGCAUGUGGUAUCGGGGAGGAUGAGGGUCAAGGGUACCCCUACGAUCGUCAGGUACGUAAAGGCGGUGGCCUGUACACCUAUGAAGGUGGCGAUGCUGAACAGGUGUACGAGAACCCGCUAGCCUGUGACGAGAGUACCGAAAGCGUAUCUGUAGAAAGUUACACCGAGGAUGAAGAGAGUUUGACCGCAGUUCGAACCUCACGCUGGGUGCAGCAGACACGUGACAGCCAUAACAAGUCUAAAAUGUCCAGAGUGAUCUCUGUUGACAUCGCUGACCGUUCUCUCCCCGCCCCUGCAGAGAUCAGUGAUGGUGUGGUGGUGUGCCGGAUUUGUCACGAUGAUGACGUAGAACAGCCUCUCAUCUCCCCAUGUUUCUGUUCCGGGUCUAUGGGUAUGCUACACGUGGCCUGUCUGGAACAGUGGCUCGGUACCUCCGACACGACUAAAUGUGAAAUAUGUCAGUUUCAAUUUUCCAUCAACAAGAAACCAAGAUCCUGCAAAUGGUUCCUGACCAAUAAGAAGUUGGGUAGAGAAAGACGUUUACUAUUGGCUGAUCUGUGCUGUUGUUUGUGGUAUGCUCCUUCUACCAUCGCCACGACACUGUCUUGUCUGAUUGGCGCUACACACUUCACGUCCGCCAAGAAGAGCUGGGAGGCCACUAGUCUCAUCCUCCUCGCCACCGUCAACAUCGGCUUCUUUAUGCUCUGGUGUGGGUUUGCUUUUCGUCGAAAUUUGAGGAUAUACAACAAAUGGAAGGCAACUCACCAGGUGAUACGUAUUAAGUAUAAUCCCCCAUCAAAGACCAAUGCACAAAGUGCCUCCCAGUCGUCGCUUGGUAACAGAAAGUCUUCAAGCAUUCCGCCGGAAACGCCACCUUCCCCGACCAAGUCGGCGGAAAUGUCACAGCGAGAACGCAUAACAGGUACGCCGUACGGGUCACCAUGGCCACGGCGUCAGUCAAAGUUACGAAGUACCUCGACACCUCGCACAUCAUCUGCUUAUACAAAGCUACAUGAGAGCCCAUUCAGAAUCCCGGAACAGACACCUAUUAACUUCAUCAGGGACCAUAUGAUGAGAAAGUGGGGGAUGCACUCAAGCCACUCGUCCACACCGGUCCGAGAACAAGACGUUACUGAGGUCAGACAAGAACACACGAGCCGGAACGCUGAUUGUCGGGAAGCACUUUGUAUGACUCCAAUUUUACCCAUUUCCAAAAUGAAUCCUGAACCGCGUGCUCCCAUUUCUGACAUCUGGCAACGAGGCCAGCAAGGGUCCCAUCUGACGACGACAGAUCCCGUACUGGAAGGAACAGAUUUAGUAUAA